AUGGAUAAUCGAUUCCUGUCAUCCGACGAGAAACUGCUCCGCACCGGGCUGUUUUCCGACGUCACGCUCAAGUGCGGCGACAGGACAUGGCAGCUGCACGAGAACAUCUUUUGCUCGCGCAGCUUGUGGUUUGAAAAGGCCCUCACUGGGAGCUUUCAAGAGGCGAAGACGGGCUUGGUUGAGAUCCAAAACUUCGCGCCAGAAGCCAUUGACUGGCUGGUGCAAUACAUCUACACAGGCAUCUGCAACAUCCCGACCCUCAAGCCGGACACACCCACCAAGACCACCUUCGUCACGUGUUACGAAGUGUACACCGUGGCCGACUACUUCGCCCUAUCCUCUCUCGCAAAGAUCGCCCUCGACACCCUAACAGCCGAGUUCGACAGCAAGCUCGGCCCAAUCCAGCUGCAGUACGAGUCCUCGUCUGACUGGCUGCCCGAACUCUGCGAGGCCAUCCGCCUCGUCUACGCCGACGCCCCCGUCGGCGAUACAGGCAACCUCUCGUCCAUCCGCGCCGCGUUCCUCAGCUUCGCCCACACGGCCCGCUUUUACUUCCUCCAGAAUUCAGACUUCAACAAGUUCCUCGACGAGGAAGCCCCCGCCUUUGCGCUCGACCUGUUCCGCGUUAUGCGCAACACGGGCGACUUUUUGGCGUACCUGCCCGACCAGCACUGCUCGUACUGCAUGAUGAAGCCGACGAGGGGGGACAAGGCGUACUACACCCACCUGGCACCCGAGACGCUCAAGCUGACGGCGAGCUGCUCGACGUGCGCGGGGAAGAAGAAGGACCUUGGCUCGGCCAUGGCGAACUGGGCGGGCAAGAAGAACCCCGGCGGUACCUAG